GGCAACCCUACUUGGCAGGUGUUUUAGCUGGGCCAGUGAAAUACAGGCCAGGUGGCUACCCUAGGUAAAAUAGGUAAAACCCGUGCAGCUCACAACUUCACCACACCCAUCUGGGGCCCCUGACAAGAAACCUGCAGACUUGGCCUUUCGGAUCAAAGGAAACAAAGGAAAUAUUACUUUUAGUCAAUUCCUCCCAUUGCCUUGGACCUUGGUCUGCCCCUUGUUUCACAACAAUACUGGGACCCUGAAACCUAUAAAGAUGACUUAUAUUUGCCUGGCCUUCAUUUGUGUAAAAUUGUAUGUUUUUUUGUCAGACACAGAGAAUAGACCCUGUUAGAUUAGCAACCAGGAAGUCUUCUGGCACAGGUAAGAAAUGAUUACAGGAUCUACGUCAUCUAGCCCCUCCCACAAGGCGGAGACGUGAUGCGUAUCUGUUCUCAUGCGUAGCCGUGACGUCACUGCGCUCUCUCGGGAAUUUGUGUAAGGAGCGGGGCUGCGGGGAGGGGAGCUCAAUAUAACGGGACUGUGGGCAGCGCUGCAGAUACAGGGAUUAGCGGGACUUGUGGUGUCACGGAGCUGCCGACUUCUGAAGGGAGGGAGGUUGUUCCCGGCAGGUUCCCCCUGCUCAGCUUCUUGUACUGAUCCUUCUGUCACGUCUCACAGAGGUUUUAGUCAGAGUAUCGCUGCUCCCUGAUUGGCAGAUGAAGAGAGACUCUGGGUGACUGGCUGCUCUCAGAGGAGACUCCACUACCUCGUCCUCGAUGGAGGGUCCUCCAUUCUCUCAGGCACAGAGAUGGGCAGCAGCACUCGCUUCAUCUGUGGUGUCUGCCAGCAAUGACCUCAAAGUGUCCCGUGGGACUGAGUGAGGCGGAAACUUGUGCUGGAGUUUAGCCACAAAUGCGGCUAAUGGUCACCAAGGAGAAGAAGAUGGGCCUCUACACCAUAUACGUCAAUCCAGCCAACACCUACCAAUUUGCUGUGGGUGAGAGGGAUCAGUUUGUCAGGAUCUACGACCAGCGGACAAUUAAUGAAAAUGUAAAUAACGGCAUGCUCAAAAAGUUCUGUCCCAUCACCUGAGCUCCUCGCCAGCUACAAUGAUCAAGAUAUUUAUUUGUUCAACUCCUCCCACAGCGAUGGAGCGGAGUAAAUCAAGAGAUGCAAAGUGCAUCGAAACAACGCCACAGCUCUCUGUCCAGAACUGCUGGCCCAUGGGUGUAUGUCUGCUGGCCCGGCCGUGUCACUAACAAGUAAGCCACAUGGGUGGGAUCCAAACAGCUGUCCGAUAUCCUUACUGUUGGCCUUACGGGGUGAAGAAAGGGAGAUGUGGCCCUGCCUGCUGUAUAGAUGAGUAAACGAGAGGUGGAAUUCAAGUCACCACUAGGUGGCAGACUGGGAUAAUAAAUGCAAAGCAGUGACGGUUGAGAAUUUCACCUUAUUUAAAGAGAAGCUGACGCUGAAGGCACAUACAAUCAAUGUGAUUCCAUGUAUGUUUCAAACACUGAAAGAACUCAACCCACUCAGAUUCCAACUGGAAUGGGGGAAAAUGGAUACGAAAGGUUACACGCCUCUAAUCCACCUGCACGGAGACCGCGUGACAGUGGCAUCGCCCGAUUUGAAGGACAAAUACUACAUUUUUGAAAGCCAGGUGGCAAACGGGAUCUGCUCUCUGGUGAUUAAUCCCACAGAGAUGACAGACAGCGGCACUUAUCAGGUCCGGCUGAAAAUUGUAGGAAAGCUGUACGAGCCGGUUCCAUCUAUAGACAUUCAAGUUGAGAAUCAAGACACAGAUUCACGGGGAUUGUUAGAUAAAACGACUGUGCCCCCAACAACUAUUGCAUCAACAGCCGCAGCCACUGUCUCUUUUGAAGACGAGAUCCUCCAAUAUAUUAACUCAAGUGCUAAAAGGGAGACUACGACUAGUAUAAUCCUUGGAAUGCUCCUUGUUGUAGGCGUAAUAGGCUUACUAAUAGCAGUCCAACAAUGUAUGAACAGAAGGCCAAAAAACCCGGCUGGUGACGAAGAAAACCCAUCUAGUGAUGAAGAAAACUCAUCUAGUGAUGAAAAAAAGCCACCAGUUAAGACUUCAAAGAAAGGGAAAGAUAAAAAGAAGAAGAAGAAGAAGAAGAAGAAAAGAGAAAAAAGCGAGUCAGAAAAGUCUUCUGAUGAGAGUGAGGAAAGCGCGUCUAGUAAAUCAGAAGAGAGUGAAAGUGACUAGAACAGGAGUGACUGGACAUCAUUACAAGAAUAUCAUGAGAACAAAGAGAAUUUAGAAGCUUCCUUGGAUAAGAAUGACUUCUUGAUAGAAGAAUAAAUCCUAAAAUUGAAAGACGCUGCUUUAAUUGGAGGAAGGACUUUUGUCUCUUUUCAGCCUCAUCUCCGAUGUCACUAUGGAAUGAAAAACUGAAAGAUUUUUUAUUCUAAUCCGCAAAUUCUGUGUCAUUUCAAAAAAAUAUUUUCAAUAAAACCUAAAUAUUUUUAUAA